CUCGAGACAGUCGAGACAGUCGAGGCAGCGCAGGAAGCAGCAGCCCGAAGGCAGGAAGGAAGAGGAGCCACUGGCCAGGACUCAGGAGGGCGGUACGGAAGACAGGAGGCAGGGGGUGGGCCACACCUGCAGCAUCGCACCUGCCCUGCACCUGCCUGCACCUCACUCCUGGCACUCACACACUGCAGGAGCGCUGGCCGGUGUCUCGCCCUCCUGCCUCUGCUCCCACGCUCCUUCCUGCUCCUGGGCUGGUUGGCUCCUGCUCUGUUGUUAUUAUGGCUUGUUGCUGGAUGGCUGGCUGCCGCCCUCCUCGAACCUGACCUUCCUGGCCAGUCCUGCUUGGCCACUUCCUCCAAUCAAAUCGGGCUUGGUGGAGUCCAAGGCACUGCCUGGGGGUGCACGUCUCAAUGGCCCGAAGUUGGUGGUGUCUCUGUAAGCAGCCAAAAGUUCGAACCUCUCGUCAUGGAAAUGGAAGAACAUGGACAAUUCGGUGGUGUACCAGAGAGACUGGCACGACGCGAGAGAGUCUGCCGUAUCUGCUGUAUCUGGUCUACCUGA